AUGGGGAUCAACAAGGAGGUAGGGGCCUACUGUGUUGACAGUUAUGACUGCGGUUCAUACUGCUGUGAGGGUCCUGUCUGCUGCCAGACGGGUGAGACCUGUGCGUCGGACCAGAGCGGAUGCAUUCCCCCGGGCAACGACGACGAUGAUGGCCUGUCGACCACCAACAUCGUCCUCAUCGUCGUUGGUGCCUGCGCCGGCGUCGUCCUUGGUGCCGCCAUUCUCUGGGUCGUGCGCAACCGCUACGGCAAGAGGCAACAGUACGACCGCGUUUGA